AUGAUUUUGGUGCUGUAUUUCCCUGAGAUUUUGACUGAUGUAUGCAGUGUUUUCCUGCUUACAAAGUUUCGAACGGCCAGUCAGAACCUUGCUGAAGCUGGUGGAUUUCCGUUUUCUCCCAAGGAGGAACGUUACCACUUUAUGAGGGCAAUCUUGGGUUACGAGGGAAACUUAUUGCUAGUCACCAAACUCACACUGGAUACCCACGAUUCGUCAACAAUGGUUAAGGUCUAUGAGUGGUUCGACACCUACGUCAAUGCCAAUGUCACUGCGGCUGCCGCCGCCACCAGUCACCUUGACGCAGCGUAG